AUGAAACUAGCUCGCUUGCUCUUCUACACAACUAGUGCAUCUACUUUCUUAGGUGGCCAUGCUGCCCGCCUCUUGACAGUCCCCACCACCCCUUUUACUAAAACAGGAGGCGAUUACGAUCUUUCGAAACUCUCUUGCGUUGUCGUGGACUCGCGAUAUGCGGACUCUGUGGACAACAAUGGGCAAACUUUGAUUCCCCCGACGCUGCUGCAGUUUGCGGAAACCUUUAGGGGAGACCUCAAUUCGGCCCUGGGGCUGAACGUGACAUUAGCACAAGGUACAAAGCGGAAACAAGAUACGAUUUUUAUAACUUUGAAAAAUGAAACCGGGUUUCAGGAUGCUGCUGGCCGAUUUACUUCAGAAGCUUAUGCCUUGACAGUUGACGAUCAAGGCGUAGUGAUAUCUGGAGCUAGUCCACUGGGAUCUUGGUGGGCGACACGAUCCAUUAUUCAAGCUGGUAUUUCCGGAGACUCAAGUAUAGCAAAAGGUUCUGGCGUAGAUGCGCCUGGAUGGGGUACCCGCGGCGUUAUGCUUGAUGCUGGCCGAAAAUACCAUCCGCCAGAGUUUUUGAUCGAGAUGUGCUCGUACCUCUCAUUCUUCAAACAGAAUACUUUCCACGUCCACCUAAGCGACAAUCUUUACAACAAUGUUGAUCGCUACUCCACAGAGCGCUCGAUGGAGCUAUACGCAGCGUUCCGGCUCUGGUCUGACGAUUCGGCCGUCGCAGGCCUGAACCGUCGUGCAAAUGAGUCUUAUACCCGCGAGCAAUUCGACAAUGUCCAGACACAAUGCGCUCAACGUGGCGUGACCAUCAUUCCCGAGAUUGAAGCCCCGGGGCAUGCACUGGUCAUCGUUCAGUGGAAACCCGAACUGGGACUGGAUGAUUUGAGCAUGCUGAACAUCAGCCACCCGGAGACUAUCCCAACCAUGAAGACUAUCUGGCGCACAUUUUUACCGUGGUUCCAUAGUAAGACUGUGCACAUCGGCGCAGAUGAGUACGACAGCAGCCUGGUCUCAGACUACACGCGAUUCGUGAAUGAGAUGAACACCUUCAUCCAGCAAGAGUCGUCAGGCCGCCAAAAGAUGCGUAUUUGGGGUACAUUCACCCCGAAAAAUGGCGCCAAUAUCUCCAAAUCUGUCACCUACCAACACUGGGAUGUAAGCGCGGACGAGCCGUAUUAUGAUUACAUCGAGAAUGGAUAUAACGUGCUCAACUCCGACGACUACAUGUAUCUCGUCAGUGGAUGGUCGGGCUCCUUCCCACAGGAGCUCGCGCUGAGCAAGAUAUUCCAAGAUCCCUACGGCGCACCAUUUUCACCUGCAAUGUUUGAUAGCUCGAAGGCCGGGGACAACCCUGCGAGAGAUAAUCCUCGCAUACUGGGACAUGCUGCCGCGCUGUGGAAUGACUACGGCCCUAACUCCACGACCGUCCUCCAGACCUACUACUCGUGGCGGAACGCUCUUCCGGCUCUGGCUGAUAAACAAUGGGGCGGAGAUAUCACUGAGGCGGAAUAUGCUUCUGUCUUUGAUCAGCUACAAGCCGCGGUACCGGCUCAAAACCUCGAUCGCCGGAUUCCCAGCACGUCUGAUACCAUCCUGCACUAUACGUUCAAUGAAAGCUCAGACACUGUCACUGACAUUUCUGGAAAUGGGUAUGACGGGAAGUUGAAUGGAUGCACGAUCUCCGACUCAGCCUUGCACCUCUCCAACGGAUGCUACCUCGAAACACCCCUAGGGAGUAAAGGGCGUGACUAUACACUUUCAUUCAAGAUCAAGCCGACCUCUGGUAUACCAGGAACACUGUUCUCUGGACCGGACUCUACUUUAGUGAACGGCAACGGAACAAUCUCGAAUGUCACACUAAUAAGCGGUGGAAACCCGUACUCUUUGAACUAUACAUUGCCACUCAAUGUUUGGACGGAUAUCAGUUUGAUAGGAGGCGGAAAUACCACCUUGCUGAGAGUGUCAGGUUCCUAUUUUAAAUUCCGGACCAUGGAGUUCUUAGCCAAGAUUGGCGUGAAUGGUGAGUCGUUUGUGUGGGCUCCCAUUGCUAUUGAGGCGCCUUUGGCUCGUAUUGGAGAGGGGUUUACUGGAUUGAUAAAAGAUAUUGUGUUGAAGGGAAGUGCGUAA